ACCCUCUUCAGUGCAGGAAGCUGGUGCUGUUUACAAUCAACUGACUGGAUGUCUUUUUUCUCUGCGUUGGGCUUUGGCUAAGAAAUGGACGAUUGAAUAUGGUUCAGUGAGGAAAGGGAGCACUGCUUUUAAGAUCUGGAUUGAUCCCCACCAGGAAAAAGAUGUCAUCGAAAAGUUUCGAGGGCAAGUUAUCAAACUACGAGAAAGAGCUGCCCUCCGCCUGCAACAACUGCAGGAAGCAGUGUACUAACCUCGGGAUGUACCUGGGGUUCUUCGCCCUGUCGUUGUGCCUGCACCUGGUCACGCUGCUCUGUUACUUGGAUCUGCGCUCCGAGGUGAAACGGGAGCUGAGGCCGCAGAGCAGCAGCGACGGUUCAGCCGAGGGUUUAGCGGAUGCUUCGUUUCUGCCGCUGGAGCCGGGCGAGCAUUUGCUGGAAACGCCGUCAGCUGCUGCCGCUGACUGGAUGCCUGAGUUAAAUUACUACACCACAGAUAGUCAAGCACUUCAUCAUGAAGAUCGGGCAGAAGUGGUUCAUCGGACGAAGCGAAGUCAAAACAAAGAGCCAGGAGAGAGAGGUGAACAAGCAGUUAAAGGGGAUAGAGGUGUGAACGUGGGUACAGGUAAAAGCAAAGGAAAAGGAAAAGGCAAGAAAAUGGGUCCCCCUGGUCCACAAGGUCCCCAGGGCCCUCCGGGUCCACCAGGACCCCAAGGCCCUCCAGGAAUCCCAGGAAUCCCUGGCAUACCAGGAACAGCCGUGUUGGCAGCACCAGGGCCACCCGGUCCACCUGGCCAGCCAGGACCUCCAGGGCCUCCAGGACCACCAGGUACGUCAGACAAAGCUGCAGACAGUCGGCCACCAAUGGCAGUAGUGCACCUCCAGGGGCAUGAUUCAGUCAUUCAAGUCAAACAAGAUCUCAUAGGUGGUGUUCUGGCUGACUGGGUCCGAUCUUCACUGAGCCACAAGGUCUUCCGGUUGCACAGCCGAAGUGGACAGCUGGAGGUACUCGUGGAUGGCACCUACUUCAUCUAUAGUCAGGUAGAAGUUUAUUACAUAAACUUCACGGAUUUUGCAAGCUACGAGGUGCUGGUGGAUGAUAAGCCAUUCUUACAGUGCACGCGCAGCAUUGAGAACCGCAAGUCAAAAUUCAAUACUUGCUACACUGCAGGAGUCUGCCUACUCAAGGCGAGACAGAAGAUCACAGUCAAGAUGACGUACGAAGAUACGGUCGUUAACAUGAGUCAACAUACAACUUUCUUUGGGGCGGUGCGACUAAGCGACUCUCCAUAGAAUCGGGACUGCACAGUGCACAGGCAAAGAAAAAUGACAAGAACGUACCCUGAAAGAAUUCAUCCAAGGAUGAAAUUGGGAGUGCGGUGUUUGGGUGGAGGGAUAAAGAGUUUAGGACCAUAGGGAGCUUGGAGUCAAAUUUCUUUUAUUUACCCAAAUCAAAUAGUUUCCCUUUUUCCUGACGCGUACUUGUGUGAACAAGCGUAACUUACUUGUAUUUGGAAAUCAGCAGGACGUGCACAAGUCUGUCACCCUUGUAGCAAACUCUGUCGUCUAUUUUUCCUGAUGAGUUUAACACUGCAUUUCUAAUCAGUUGGAUUCCUCCGGUCCCUGUCUCCUCCGGAGGCUGGAGUAAUGCAAAUUAUUCAACUGGCAUUGACAUUGCAGCUUUUGUUUUUUGUUGCAAUCACAAUGGAAACUGGAGGGAGGGAAGAGCGGUGUUCUUUAUAUGGAUAAGUAGAGAGAAAUAAUAAUGUCUUGUCCUCUGAUCAACCUCAAUAUGUAGUCAGAAAUAUGGAAGAAACAGUUGAAUACUGAAACCUAGAGGAAAUCCAUUAAAAUGCUGCAUGAACGAGGAUGAGCACUGUUGGAGUGCAGUUGAGGUUUACCAUGCCAGUUCUGCAUUAUGAAAUACCCUCCUGCUUGCUGUUUUGCACCAUCUCAUAUAAGUAUUUUUUUCUUACAAGGAAUUUAAAUUGGAGGAGUGUUAAUUCAAGUGCACUGGUGAGAAAAUGUUCAGUAAAGCUUUCCGUACAAAUAUGCAAUUGUAAAAAUACAUGAAGGCAGAUUUUCAGCUUACUAUCAGGAUUUGCAAAUCAGGAUGAACAUCUGUGCAACAAUAUAAUAAAAUGUGAGGCUGGAUGAACACAGCAGGCCAAGCAGCAUCUCAGGAGCACAAAAGCUGACGUUUCGGGCCU